ACGCGCCUCUUGUCUUGACAUUCGCAGCCUCCAUGCUGGAUGUUUUCGUUCGUGUCCGUUAAUGUCCUUUUAUAGAUCUUACCGACUUUACCGUAAGCAGCACGGUAAGUCUGUCCAGUUUACAGCGUUUACGAGCGUAUUAGUGCUCAUAUACUGUGAUAAUAGCCGAGUUUGUUAGCUAGUUAAGAGCAGCGCCGAGCCCGGGUUGUUGACCGAGCUGUCGGUCAGAUUUCUAAGGGCAUUGGAAGUCUUAAACAUGUCCUUAAAACAAGCAUCGGUCCAUGCAAAAUGGGUUAUUGGUCGAGUGAUUGGAACCAAGAUGAGGAAGACGGCGAAAGUUCGGGUUACUAGACUUGUCCUGGAUCCAUAUUUACUUAAGUACUACAACAAAAGGAAGACAUACUUCGCACAUGAUGCCUUGCAGCAGUGCACUGUUGGGGACAUUGUGUUGUUGAAGGCUUUACCAGAGAGCAGAUCCAAACAUGUCAAGCAUGAACUGGCUGAGAUAGUAUUCAAAGUCGGGGCAGUGGUUGACCCCCUGACUGGCAAGAAGGUUGCCGGAGGGCACUUUCUGGAGCCCCUUACAGAGUCCACAGAAAACACAGAGGCAUCUUUAACUGAAAAGUUAGAACAGCUGAACAUUUCUGCGUCUCCUUCGUCUCCAGCUUCUGCAUCAUAGUCUUGUUUUUUGUAUGAAUGUACCUGUAUGU